GUUAUUUUAGAUCUGAGCUGGCGGGAAGAGUUGCUGGACGAAGAGCACUGCUCUCUCGCUCUCUUUCUCUCUCUCAUUCCCUCUCCUCUUGGUCUGAAACUACGAUGCUGGGCUAACAGGGGUGAUACCUGCCCGAAAACCUAUGUACAUACUCCAGAAAGCCAUGCGGGAAACUAUGCCACAGACACCGAUAUUUUCCAGCAUGCUCGGGACAGGAUGUAGAGGACAGGUGCAACCCGACUCCGGCGAGAGGAAUGGCGAUCCUGUUUAUCAGGAUGGGAAUCUCAUUUCUGGAUCCCUGGAAGUCCUCAUCCAGCAUCUGGUUCCCACCAUGGAUUACUCUCCAGAUAGGACAUACAUUUUCACCUUCCUUCUGAGUUCCCGUGUCUUCAUUCAUCCUCAUGAGCUCCUGGCUAAAGUUGGAGACCUCUGCCUGAAGCAGAAACAGCAGCUGGAGACCGGGGUUGAAGCAGACAAGGGGAAGCUUAAGGCCUUUGCGGCGAAGAUAAUCCAGCUUCUGAAAGAAUGGACUGAAACGUUUCCGUAUGACUUCCAGGAUGAGAAAUCUAUGACGGAGCUAAAGGAAAUUGCUCACCGAAUCACCCAGUGUGAUGAGGAAAAUGGAACAGUCAAGAAGAUCAUCAGCCAGAUGACCCAAGAUCUUCUGAUGGCUCUUGCUGCCCGCAAUCAGUACCAAGAGAUCCGAGAAAAGUUUCGCCAACCGGUGACCGAGAAGGGUGCCAUCCUCAAGACUAAGCCACAGGCAUCCCAGAAGGACAUUCUGAGUGUGUGCUGUGACCCUCUGGUCCUUGCGCAGCAGCUAACACACAUCGAACUGGAGAGGGUAAGCAACAUUUACCCAGAAGAUCUCAUGCAGAUAGUCAGUCACGUGGAUUCUCUGGAUAACCACAAGUGCCGAAGCGAUGUUACGAAGACCUACACUCUCGAAGCCUAUGACAAUUGGUUUAACUGCCUCAGUAUGUUGGUGGCGACAGAGAUUUGUAAGGUGGUGAAAAAAAAGCAACGAACAAGAAUUGUGGAAUUUUUCAUUGAUGUGGCAAGAGAAUGCUUCAACAUUGGGAAUUUCAACUCCAUGAUGGCCAUUAUUUCUGGCAUGAAUUUGAGUCCUGUUGCCCGACUAAAGAAAACAUGGUCCAAAGUGAAAACAGCCAAAUUUGAUGUUUUAGAGCAUCACAUGGAUCCCUCCAGCAACUUUUGUAACUAUCGGACAGCUCUGCAAGGCGCGGCACAGAGAUCUCUGACAGCACACAGCAGCCGGGAGAAAAUUGUCAUCCCUGUUUUUAAUCUGUUCAUUAAAGAUAUCUACUUCCUGCAUAAGAUACACACUAACCACCUGCCGAAUGGACAAAUCAACUUCAAGAAAUUCUGGGAAAUUUCAAGGCAAAUCCACGACUUUGUCACAUGGAAACAGGUGGAAUGUCCUUUCGAAAAGGACAGGAAGAUUCAGAGCUAUCUGCUCACUGCACCUAUUUACAGUGAAGAAGCUUUGUUUAUUGCCUCAUUUGAAAGCGAAGGUCCAGAAAAUCACAUGGAGAAAGACAGCUGGAAGACUCUCAGGACAACCCUCCUCAACCGAGCCUGAGAAUUGGAAUUUUUGGAUUUUAAAGCACACUCUACAAACACUGGGUUUUUUUUUUCUAAUCCUGAAAGGCUUGGUUUGUGAAAAGAAGGCCUCGCUGGUUGGGGUCAGUUUUGUAUAUAUAUAUAUGAUACCUUUUAUGAACAACUGAAAAAAAAAUUACGCUCGAUAGUAUUUCAUGUCAACUUUAAGGCACUUAAUGAUGGUUUUUGGUCUUUUUUUAAAAAAGAAAACCCUCCAAAUCAAGGGCAGGGCCCUGGUCUCAGAGAUGAAACCGACUGUGGGGAAGUAGAAUCUGUGGCGAUGUCUUCUCGUAUGGCCAUCAAGAUCUUUAUUUUCAUGUGUGAUGAUUUUUACCCAAUACUGUACAUGUAUACCCUCUGCCAGGGAGUCGGUACUCUCUCGUUUUGGGGGGACUUGCUUGUGCCUGGGACUUCCUGGCGAAGAGCGGAUGCAUCGUGGCCUUGCGUGUGCCUGGCGCUUUCAUGGUGUGGAGCGAAUGCAUCGUGGCCUUGCGUGUGCCUGGCGCUUUCACGGUGAGGAGCAUCUAGAAACCGCUGAGUGACCCAAAGAGGCAACCGAGUUGAUUCCAGGAUCAGGUUGAUUCACUACAAAACUUAAGCACGGAGCCUUUGUCAAACUACACACCCGUUUAAGUGAACUGAUAUUCCGAUAAGCGUGCUUCUUCUCUGCUGCCAAGUUUCUAUAUAUAUAUAGAAUUUGGAUUGAAUUUGGUAAAGGAAGCAUUUGCCUAGAGAAAUUUAAAAAGGGUAAAUUUGUUUGUCUUGAGGCUGCUCUGGAUGAGUCAUUCUUUUGCUGCAAUAUAUUCCAUACUAGCAUUCCUGCAGAA